GCUCGGAGGGGCCGCGGGGCCAUGGCCGGGAGCAGGAGGAACGUGUUCUUGGCAAAAUUACUGAAACGACUCUAUGGUGAAACAUCAUCAUCUUCUCUUGUUCAUACUUCAAGUAGAGAAGAGGAGGUGGUUCUUGAAAAUCUUGGAUCAAAAUCUAAAGAAAAGAAUUUGGAUAAUGUUCAGAUUUCAUCAGCAGAUGCUAGCACAUCAACUAAUACACCCUGUGAAUCAUUUCAAGGUAAUGAUGAUACAGUUAUGUUUCCAAGAAGAAUUUACACAGUGGAUCUUCCUCCAGAGGGUUAUGUUGCAGUUACUCCAGAUGCUCUUACUAAGGCUAUUUCUGAAAACUCUGGCAGUAGUGCUGACUCAACAGAAGAGGAAUAUCAAGGGCAAACCAAGAGAAAGCGAAUUCGAAAGAAGAAACAAAAGAGCAGUUUACAAAUCUCUAGUAAUUUACAUGGAGAACAAACAGAUUUGGGAAUGCAAGAGACUGUUGUUCAAGAUAAUUUACAGCUGCAGCAAACAGACGGUCCCAAAAUAAGCAAAAACAAAAAGAGGAAAAUGAAAAAGAAGCGACAGAAAGAAAAAAAGAGAGCAGCUGGCUUAGUAACAAAAACUACCAGUCUGGAUUUUACAUAUCAGCCUGACAAAAACAACAAAGAAGAAGCAGCAGGCUUAAAAGACAUAGGUGAAAAGGCAGAUAGCAUUCUGGACUUCCUGCAGGCAACACAACAAAACUAUUUUGCUGACAAGAAAUCAGAAUGCAGAGAUGCUGCUGUAAAUUCAGCAACUGCCCAAGAGCUCUUACAAUGUCUUGAAUUUCGCACCAUCUCUUCCUCAGAUGUGACUCAUCUGCAUCGGCUGAAAUCCCUUGUAUUACUACAGGAUAUUGAGAGAUUGAAGGAUGCUUUGAAACAAUUCCAGGAACAGUCUAUGAUGUCUCCUGAUCAUGCCAAGGUAGCCACAUCUCUGUUUCACUACUGGAUUACAGAUAUCCUUCCUGUGAAGAACAGGAAAUAAAGCCUUACCCCUGUGUCCAUAUGCGCAUGAUUAAAAUUUAAUAUACAAACUCUUAACCAAGUAGCAGCUCUUCAGGAGGAGCAGUGUCAAUACACAUUCUACACCUUCAGCUAAAUGAGUUACUUUCCUGUGUUACAGACUCCAGAAGACAAUAAAGGUAUAACUACAAUGUGACUUUCGUGAUGGGAUGGUCAAGAGUAUGGCCUGAGUCUUCAGCUGAAUCAAUAUGUACAUUUCACUUUAGGAUAAGGGACUUUACUGGAAUGGUUUCUAUCUGGUAUUUUAUUUAAGAAAUACAGUAUUAUCUUUUUUGGUUUUAUCAUUCCUUUCUGGAAGUUGUAUUUCUUGACUUUUGUAUAUCUGCUUACCUGAAAAACAGAACUGUAUUUUUUUAUAUUUAAACCAAAGCAACAGUAUGUCUGAGGAAUGUAUUUUUGCUGAAUAAACUGCUAAAUUGUGGA